UUUUUAUGCCUUACCCACCUCGAUCUCCUUCUUCUUUUUCUUUUUUUCUUCUUUUUUUUUGACCUUUUCAUUCUUUCUCUCUAGAGCGAGCUAGAGAGAAGGCAAAGAAUAACAAUGGAAGGUUUGUCUGCGAACAUGUACAAGGGGUUUACAGGGUACUGGAGGAGGAGAGGCUACGAGCAGCUCAAUGGGCCGGCUCGGAGGCGGAGGGCACGCGUGCAGCUCGGCUCAAAUCGGCGGAGGCGUUUCUGGAGGAUCAAGACCACGCCCAAGGUUCGGCUCCUCAUCAGAUCCUCCUCGCCCAAGAAGCUCUUGCUGUGGCUUCGAGACUGGUAUGUGAACAUGAUGCUGAGAUUGGGUAACUCCCGGAUGUUCGCUUCUGGAGCCGGAGGGUACGGUGGGGCCAUGUACGAUGCUAUUGGCCCGUUCGGGAGGGCCCCAACCAAGGAGUACGAUGAGAAGGUGAUCGUUGAGAUCUACAAGACUGCGGUGAUGUCGCAGGGCCUUGCGAUGUAGCAGAACUUGGCUCACAACGCGGUAAUUUUUUUUUUUUUUUUUACUAUGAAUAACCAGACGGUAAUUUUAAUUAAGAAAAACCUUCCAACAAAGCCUUCCAACAAGAAAAUUAAGAAAAUUUAUUUUCAAGUUUUUUUGUUGUUGCUAUUUGUAUCUUUUAAUGAUGUUCUUGUCGCUGUAACAAUUACUACAUUCUUCAGGCGGUAAUCCGUUGUAAAAAUGCUAAAUAUUAUCUCACCUCUUAGCUUGGAGCCUUA